UCUACCGUUUUGGGGGAUGUAAUGGGGGUGAGGGAGGGGGGCGUACAGCCCAACCAAGUGCACUGGAAGUCUGUCAAAAGAGGGUUUGAGUUCACAUUAAUGGUUGUAGGUGAGUCUGGUCUCGGGAAAUCGACUCUCAUCAACUCCCUUUUCCUGACUGACCUCUACUCUAAGGACUGCCCUGGCCCCUCCUGCAGGAUUAAAAUGUCAUACCUCUCAUCGCAAAGGCUGACACACUCACCCCAGAAGAGUGCCAUCUUUAAAAAAAAAAAAAAAAAACAGAUUAUGAAGAAAAUACAGGAACACAAAAUUAAAAUCUAUGAGUUUCCUGAUGUAGAUGAGGAUGACGACAAUAAGCUGGUCCGGAAGAUCAAGGAAAAAAUGCCGCUGGCAGUGGUCGGCAGCAAUGUCGUGAUCGAAGUGAACAGCAAGAAGGUCAGAGGUUGUCAGUACCCAUGGGGUGUGGCAGAAGUCGAGAAUGUGGAACAAUUCGACUUCACUGUGCUGCGCAACAUGCUGAUCAGGACCCAUAUGCAGGAUCUGAAGGACGUCACCAACAACAUCAACUACAAGAACUACCGCAGUAAGAAAAUUGCUUCACGAUGAUCGAGUGACCACAAACCACGGUUCCCAGCAUCGCUCAGCAGAACCUAGAGGGCUACGUGGGCUUUGCCAGCCUCCCAAACCAAGUACACCGAAAAUCUAGUCUUGACAACAAAGGAUAAAAAGACGGUCCUUCUUAAACUACACAAACAAUUUGGACAUGCAUCAGUUGACAGACUGCAAAAACUUCUGUCUUGCUCAGGCAAUAGUGAUGAUGAAAGCAUUACAAUCCUGAAGAAUAUUAUAAAAAACUGUAAAACAUGCAUCCGAUACGGUAAACCAAAACAUAAG